AUGCAGCAGCCGGGCUGGAGCUGCCCGGGCCGCGCCGCGCCGCGCCGGGGGACAGGCGUCUCGGGCGGCGCGGCUGCGGGGUGUCCACAGCGCCCCGCCGGUCACCAGUCGCCCCGGGGUGUGGCCAGGGGCCGCGGAAGGGGCAGGGAGGGAGGCCUCGGGGCGGCCCGCCGCCGGGAGGUGCGGGCCGGGUCCCCCAGGCAGGCGCGGCGCCCGAGGACGCCGGCGGGGUCUGCCGAGAGCCGGGUCCGAGACGCGGGCGCAGGGCGGCCGGGGCUCCGAGGGCCCGGCCUCGGGCUCGCCCUCGUCCGCGCCGCCGCGCCGGCCUCCCGGGCCGGACCCCGCGGGCACCAGCUCCGGGCCGGCCGAGCUCUCGGGCUGCGCCGCGCCGCGCGUUGCCUGGCAACGGCGGCCGGGCAGAGCCGCCCCUGCGUGCGGGGCGUGCGGGGCGUGCGGGGCGUGCGGGGCGUGCGGGGCGUGCGGGGCGGCGCCGGCGCGGAGGCUCGUGCUCGCCCCCCGCCGUGGCCGGCCCGGGCCUUCCGCGUCUCCGCGCCCCCGCGAACGCCCCUGCGAACGGUCUCCCUGCAGCCCGAGCCGCGGCCGGGGACGCCCUGCCCUGUCCGGGGCGCAGCCCGAGCCUUUGGCGGGGGACACGCUGCCCUGUCCGGGGCGCAGCCCGAGCCUCGGCCUGCAACGCCCUGCCCUGUCCGGGGCGCAGCCCGAGCCUCGGCCUGCAACGCCCUGCCCUGUCCGGGGCGCAGCCCGAGCCUCGGCCUGCAACGCCCUGCCCUGUCCGGGGCGCAGCCCGAGCCUCGGCCUGCAACGCCCUGCCCUGUCCGGGGCGCAGCCCGAGCCUUUGGCGGGGGGCGCCCUGCCCUGUCCGGGGCGCAGCCCGAGCCGCGGCCUGCAUCGCCCUGCCCUGCCCCAGGCUGGUACGCAUCAAUGAUUGAUGCUGUGGGCGUCCCUGCACGCAGGCCGAGCCGGAGGGCCGAGCCCGGGCCCCGGGAACGCGGGCCGAGCCGUAGGGCCGAGCCCGGGGCCCCAGCAGGGAGCGAGCCUGGAGGAGAAAGCGAGGCCGGGAUACAGGGCAAUCUGGGACACCACAGAGACCCACACAUCCGGGGCAAGGCAGGCAGUGCCCAGGGAGAGGGGCGAAGCCCAGCAUCCCGCCCGGAGAACGGCGCUGUGCCCCACCGUGUCGCGGGAGGCGUCUGCCAGGGCCCCUUCCCGGCAGCCACUCCAGUGACCGUCCGUCUGAUCCGCGCGGGCAGGCUGCCGGGUGGCUGCAGCCCCGCUACCGGGAACUGCCAAGACUCCCCGUGUGCACGGCGGGCCUGCACACCGCUGGAGGGCGAGCCCGAGCGCGUGGCCCUCGGGACCGCUCCCGGCCCGGCCCCAGCCCGGCCCCGCGGAGCCCCCCGUCGGGGCGGGGCCGGGCCUGCAGCCCCAGCCUCCCCGCGCUCUGGCCAGGUCCUUCCACCCGCAGCCUGGGGGAACUCCGUCUUGUCUGGAGGAGCCUCCCGGGCUCGCGUGCCCCUGCUGCCCUCCAGGCUGGAGGUGAAGCCAGCGGCCCGCCGGGAGCCCGAGUCCGGGGAUCCCGGGCAGCUCCCGGCCCGGCUCCAGUUCCCCACCGGGAUAGCGCAGCAGCGCGGCGGCGCGGGGCGGCGAGGCGCGGCGCCCCGGGCGCGCUGGAGCCGCGGCUGUCACCGGACGCGUCGGGCCGCCGCCGGCCCGCACCGCUCGGGCGCCAAGAUGUGCGACUGCUUCCACGUGGUGCUGCCCACCUGGGCCGGAGCCCCCGGCAGCGCUGUCUUUGCCAGACAGCUUGGCAUGUUUGGCCUGAAGGGCCACUACAGCAGGGAGCCCGGGUUCCUUCCAGACCUCGCCUGCGCAGCCCCGGGGGCCCUCCUGCGUGGGCCUCCCCUGUGCAGACGUGCGCCCUGGACAGUAGCAGGAGAAUGGGGACCCUUGGCUGUUCCCAGCAGGCUUGCUGCCCUUGCCUUCCUGCGCUACCCUGCCUCGUCCCCUUACUCUCUGGCCAGUGCCUUCCCAGAGGCAGAGCUGCGUCCCGAGGCCCACGCCUCCGUCUCUGUCCUGAAACCUGCCAGUGCCUGCGGUGGCCUGGGGACCCCCCGGCUGUCCCUGGCUCCAGGGGAGCCCAGGGGCAGGGACGCGCCCAAGGACAUCCGGGAGGGGUCUGACGUGAGGACGGCAGCACGACAGAGGACUGUCCCGAGGAAAGGAAGGGUGGGGACACUGCAGAGGCGCGCCGCCGAGGGCCGGGGAGCUGUGUUGCCGCGAGAGCCGCGUGGUCAGAGGAGGCCACAGGCCUGUCAGCUCCCUGACCAGGUUGUCCACAAUGGCGGGCACCGUGGGGCCGGGGGCUCAGAGGAAGAGCUCUGCACCUCGGGGCGGCCAUCCCGGCAACCACAGAGGCUGCAGCUGUGGUGUGGGGGCGUGUCUAGACUGCAGCUGUGGUGUGGGGGCGUGUCUAGACUGCAGGUGUGGUGUGGGGGCGUGUCUAGGCUGCAGGUGUGGUGUGGGGGCGUGUCUAGGCUGCAGCUGUGGUGUGGGGGCGUGUCUAGACUGCAGCUGUGGUGUGGGGGCGUGUCUAGACUGCAGCUGUGGUGUGGGGGCGUGUCUAGACUGCAGGUGUGGUGUGGGGGCGUGUCUAGGCUGCAGGUGUGGUGUGGGGGCGUGUCUAGACUGCAGAUGCCGCAGAACACCCGUUUCCGACUGCCCCUGCCCGAUGCCCGCUGA